AGUACUCCAUAGCCCGGGCCUGGGCGUCUGGUGGUGACGUCACCGACAGGGCGGGGCAAACAUUCCAACCGCUGUCUACUUUUGUCUCUACGUGGAGGAGGCUGGACUGCAGACUGGACGCUGUCUGGAAUUUCAGGCGCACCGACAUCUCACCUUUCUCUGACUGACCACCUCAGGUCAAUCACAGAAAAAUGUCUGGAAAGAUAACAAAGGAGGAAAUGGAGGAGAUGAGAGAGGUCUUUGGGAAAAUUGAUCUGGACAACGAUGGACAUAUCUGUGAUUAUGAACUCCAUGAGCUCCUUAAAGAUGCUGGACAUUCCUUACCUGGAUACAUGGUUCGAGAGAUCAUCCAGAAACUCGAUCGCAACAAGGAUAAUAAGAUCAGCUUUGAUGAGUUUUUGGCGAUCGUACAGGAGCUGAGGGGCAGUGAAAUAGCAAAAACUUUCCGCAAGGUCAUCAACAGAAAAGAAGGCAUCCUGGCUAUUGGAGGGACGUCUGAGCUGUCAAGCGAAGGAACACAACACUCGUUCUCUGAGGAGGAGCGAUAUGCCUUUGUGAACUGGAUCAACACUGCUCUGGAAAAAGACCCUGACUGCCAACAUGUCCUACCCAUGGAUCCCAACACAGACUCUCUCUUCACGUCUGUCGGAGACGGUAUAGUACUCUGCAAAAUGGUCAACCUGUCAGUGCCAGACACCAUCGAUGAGAGGACCAUAAAUAAGAAGAAGCUGACACCGUUUACGAUACAGGAGAAUCUGAACCUGGCCCUGAACUCAGCUUCUGCUAUUGGCUGCCAUGUGGUGAACAUUGGUGCUUUAGAUCUGAAAGAAGGGAAGCCUCAUCUGGUGUUGGGCCUGCUGUGGCAGAUCAUCAAGAUCGGUCUGUUUGCUGACAUCGAGCUCAGCAGAAAUGAAGCGCUGGCAGCAUUGCUGAGAGACGGGGAAACCCUGGAGGACCUGAUGAAGCUGUCUCCAGAAGAACUGCUGCUGCGCUGGGCAAACUUUCACCUGGAAAAUGCUGGCUGGCAGAAGAUCAACAACUUCAGCUCUGACAUCAAGGACUCAAGGGCCUAUUUCCACCUCCUGAAUCAAAUCUCUCCAAAAGGCACAGAGGAAGAUCAGCCACGCAUCGACAUUAACAUGACAGGCUUCAGUGAGAAAGACGACUUGAAGAGGGCAGAGGCCAUGCUGCAGCAGGCCGACAGGCUCGGCUGUCGACAGUUUGUCACCCCAGCUGACGUCGUCAGUGGAAACCCCAAACUCAACCUUGCCUUUGUGGCCAAUCUGUUCAACAAAUAUCCAGCGCUGACCAAACCUGAGAAUGAGGACAUUGACUGGGGACUGUUGGAAGGUGAGACACGAGAAGAGAGGACAUUCCGAAACUGGAUGAACUCUCUGGGAGUGAACCCACAUGUCAAUCAUCUGUAUGGAGACCUACAGGAUGCGAUGGUCAUCCUCCAACUCUAUGAGAAGAUUAAAGUGCCUGUUGACUGGAACAACAAGGUCAACAAGCCACCUUACCCCAAGCUGGGAACCAACAUGAAAAAGUUGGAGAAUUGUAACUAUGCAGUGGAACUGGGCAAAACAGCCAAGUUCUCCCUCGUUGGCAUCGGCGGGCAGGACCUGAAUGAUGGCAACGCUACCCUGACUCUGGCACUGGUGUGGCAGCUGAUGAGAAGAUAUACAUUGAAUGUACUGGAGGAACUGGGUGAUGGACAGAAAGUAAAUGAUGACAUCAUUGUAAAGUGGGUGAACAAAACAUUGGCAGAGGCUGGAAAAUCAACCAAGAUUUCAAGCUUUAAGGACAAGGAGAUCAGCAGCAGUUUGGCAGUAUUGGAACUGAUAGACGCCAUCCAGCCCAGCAGCAUCAACUACGAGCUGAUAAAAACCGGCAGUCUCUCUGAAGACGACAAGCUGGAGAAUGCCAAAUACGCUGUCUCUAUGGCUAGGAAGAUUGGAGCCCGUGUCUACGCUCUCCCAGAAGACCUUGUGGAGGUCAAGCCCAAAAUGGUGAUGACAGUCUUUGCCUGCUUGAUGGGUCGGGGGAUGAAGCGAGUCUAAGAAGACUGGCUGGGAUCAUUGUGACACUUACUAAACUCAUACCCACAAGCCGUUAGCAUUUUGAAAGAGCUCCCUCCAACUGAAGGAAUGAAGAAAGAAUUUUUUUUUUUGGGAGGGGGGGAUGAGAAUAACAUGAGGGUAUGCAUCAGAAAUUUGCAUGUAUCCCUGCCUCUCCUGAGGUGUUCAUUGAAGAAUAAUGUGCUGUGCGGUCCUCUUAUUUAAAGUGAGUCCACAAUACUAAAAUUUCUAAAGAGAUGGGUCUCGUGUUACAGAGGACAACUUGUUACUUUCAAUAUGCAGAACUUUUGAUUAAUGUAUAAGAAUGCUGUUUUUUUUUAAAGCGAGUAUGCAUAUUUCCAGCUGCAAGGUUGUUUACAUAUUUUUACUCAGACUGAUAAGUAAAUUAUAUCCUUGACUAAGCAACACACAUUCCUGAAUACCAUACUUAAGAAUACAUUUUUUUUAAAGUUAGAGAGUCGGGAUGUUUAGGUGGAGCACAUGUCGAAAAACCUAAACAUUGCCUCUCACUUAGUGAAGUAAAAGCAUGUCUUAAUAACUGGCACCAUAAACUUCUACAUAUCUGUAUACAGAAGCCAUACGGUCAAAUUAUAGUAAUGGCCAGCCUGAUGUGCUGUCUGUAUUCUUGUACUCGUCAUUUGUUUGUUUCUUGGGAUUAUUACAUGAGGUAAAUGCUGUUUUUGGGGUGUCUAGUCUUUGUUGUAUUGGGCAUCUGUUUUGUUGUUCUUUUGUCUGUUACGUUGGAUGAGGAGCAAGCUGACUGGACUCUCCUGGCUUCUGCUGUGCCUUCUUUUGUCUCAAAGACAACAUGUACUCGCGCUUUGAGGUUUUCCCUUCUUCUUUUGUAUUCAACAUUACCAAAUAUAAACAGUAACUUCAUUCCAGUUUCAUGCUAUUCUAUGACAAUGGCCAAAUUGUAUUUGGUCUCGUGUUCAUGUCUACUCUUAAGUGCUUUACUUGUAACAAUAAAUAUGACUUUGAAAAGUG